GACACAGCUCCAUUCAGGAGAGACAUGAAGCAGGAGACUUUCAUGCACCCCGGGGAAGUCAGACACCCCCAAUCCGAGUCUGCCAAGGUUUAACUGACUUUCAGACAGACAGUUCCCCUAAGGGAGCCAUCACACAAUGGUCAGCUUCGCCUGCCAAGAAUUCCUAGGCAUUGCCAUAUUGCUGCUUCAGUAUUCAUCCUGCCAACAAAGUCCAAGCAAUGAGGACUCUUCGUCUUUCAGUUUCACCCAGGAUUUGUACCAUACAACAAUUUAUGAAAAUUCAGCUCCUAAAACCUAUGUUGUAAGCCAAGUCAAAAUGGGUGUUUACUUGAAAAACCCUCAAUGGACAGUAAAGUAUCAAAUAUUAUCUGGAGACCAAAGUGGACUUUUCAAAACAGAGGAGCUGGUGGUUGGAGAUUUCUGUUUUCUACGAAUAAGGAUACGCAGUGGCAAUGCAGCACUUUUAAAUAGGGAAGUCAAAGACAACUAUCAGCUACUCAUCCACGCCUCUGAGAAAUCACUGAAGUAUGACAUACGGACUAAAGUGAUCAUUCAAAUCUUGGACAUAAAUGAUCUAAGGCCUCUCUUCUCGACAACAUUUUACAAGUUUACAAUCAAUGAAGAUGCACCUCUUAAAACAGUUCUUGGUAAAAUUAGUGCAACAGAUGCUGACUUGGGCCAGAAUUCUAUGUUCUACUACACCAUCAACACAAAGUCCCCAUACUUUUGUAUCCAUCCAGUGAGUGGUAUUGUUAUGUUAAUUGGCCAUUUGAAUGCGACCCAGAGGACUGUGCACAAACUGGAGAUUUUAGCAGUUGACCGCAUGAGAAAAAUUGCAGAGGGCAUUGAGUUUGGGAAUGUAGCUUCUCUGCAGGUAUUGGUACAGCCAGCUUUGAAGAAGCCCCCCGUUAUUUCAUCAGUAACAGUGGCCACGGCUGACUCUUCGGAAAGGCUUCUUUAUGCCACUGUAGUCAUGAAUGUAGCAGAUCCAGAGUGCAGCAUAUAUUCUGUGGAAAUUGUAGAUGGAGAUCCAUAUAAUUAUUUCAAGGUUCUAAGAUCUUACAUGGGGAAAAAUGAAUUUACUGUAGUGUCUACUGCACAAAUUAACUGGCUGGAGCACUCUCAAGGUUUUAAUCUAAGUCUUCAAGCAAAAGACAAGAGCAAGCCGCCAGUUUAUUCCCCAAUUAAAACAAUAUUCAUUCCACCAUGGAGAUAUGCUUCAGCAAGAUUUGAACAGGACAUCUAUGAAGUACAGAUUAAUGAGUGUGCUCCACCUAGCAGUCAUGUUACGGUAGUUAAAAUUAUUCCAGCCAUUCCAUCUGUGGUAUAUUAUUUAAAAACCUCAACCGACAAGUUCAGGCUUAACACCAAAACUGGUCUGAUCACCACCAGCAAAUCUAUGGAUCUAAAAGAUCAGUCUCAAUUCUAUUUGGAGGUUACAGCACUCAAUGGACAGGUCUCUACCUCCAUUACUGUCAGCCUUGUAGACUGCAAUAAUCACUACCCACUAUUCUCUCAGUCCAAAUAUGAUGGAACAUUCAAUGAAAAUUCCCGUAUAGGAACAAGGAUUUUACAAGUUAGUGCCACAGAUGCUGACCAAGGAUACAAUGGCAACAUCACCUACAAGUUGGUUAGUCCAAAAUCUUCUCCAUUUAUCAUUGACCCAUUUACAGGGGUAAUUUCCAACAGUAGGGUGCUUGACUAUGAGUUAAAUCAAAGGCUAUAUAAUCUAAAGAUCUGGGCAUCGGACUUUGGCAUUCCUUUCCGUAGGCAAACUGAAGUUUACGUAACCCUAACCCUUAAUAAUUUGAAUGACAAUGCUCCGGUUUUUGAGAAAAUCAACUGCAAUAUAAGCAUUCCAAGAGGCAUGUCCAUUGGGGAGAAAGUGGUCGAACUCUCAGCAAUUGAUGUGGAUGAGCUUCAGAAUAUACAGUACCUGAUCCUUUCCGGUAACGAGCUACAGAAAUUCAGGUUAGAUCCCACAUCUGGAGAUAUUACAGUUAGAGAUGACUUUUAUAGUCCACCAUCUUCACUGCCUCACUUCUACUCAUUAUUUAUUACUGCUAGUGAUGGGGAAAAUAAAGCCCUCCCAACUGUACUCAAUAUCACAAUAUUAAGCAAAGCUUCUCCAAAAUCUGUCCUUUGUGAAGAGACAGGGGUGGCAAGCAAAAUAAUGGAAAACAUGAAAAAUUCAUUUAAUUUACAGACUGAAAGUCUAGCUUAUGAGGAGGACACAUCCUUUAAUGUCCACCAGAUAAACUAUUAUGCUCCUCAGUUUGAAGACAACUUUCCAAUAUCCAUAGAUGUGGCUGAGGACACUGCUGUCAACUCUUCCAUUGUUCAGCUGUCUGCUUUUGACCUGGACAGUGGCUUUAAUGGCAAACUAGUCUAUGUAAUAUCCACAGGAAGUGAUGAUGGUUGUUUUGACAUCGAAAUGGAAACAGGAAAGUUGACUGUUUCUGCACCUUUAGACCAUGAAACCACGAGUUCCUAUAUUCUUAAUAUUACAGUUUAUGACCUUGGAACCCCUCAAAAGUCCUCUUGGAAAAUUCUAGCCAUUAAUGUACUGGACGUAAAUGACAAUGAGCCGAAGUUUCCAGCAUCAGGGUAUUGCGUGGUAUUACGUGAGGAUGCUAAGAUUGGCAGUGUUGUCCUAAAAAUAAGGGCUGAUGAUAGUGACAAGGAAGACAAUGGUAGGGUAAGAUACUCACUUCUCACAUCAACAGAGAAGUUUACAAUUGAUAGUGUCACGGGUGACUUAACAGUUAAAAGCAUGUUGGACAGAGAGCUGUUUCCAAAAUAUAAACUUAAAGUAGAGGCGAGAGACCAACCCAAAAAAGAUAGGAAACUUUUUUCUGUCACUGAUGUUGUUAUAUCAUUAGAAGAUGUCAAUGACAAUGCACCAUACUGUCAACCGGUAACUGCCAACGUAAAAAUUGCAGAGGACAUUCCUGUAGGAACUGUUUUACAUUUUGUGGAUGCUCAGGAUAUCGACAUUGGACCUAACGGAGAUGUAUCAUAUUUUCUAAUAAACGAUGAACAAGGGAUAUUUUCUGUUGAUAAGUUAACAGGGGCUUUGAUUCUGGAGAAGGACCUUGACUUUGAGAAGAAGCCAUUUUACAAUUUGACCAUCAGAGCUACAGAUGCUGGCCAGCCAUUCCCACAUUCCUCUGUGUGCCAUGUGGAGGUACAAGUCCUUGAUGUCAAUGAAAAUCUGCACCCACCUUUAUUUCAAUCUUUUGUCUUUCACUGGUCAGUACUAGAAAACUCACCACCUGGAACUCUAGUGCAUUCGAUUAUAGCUCAGGAUGGCGAUAAUGGAAAAGAUGGUGAAAUACGAUAUUCAAUAAAGGAUGGAACAGACCUCUCUGUUUUCACCAUAGAUGAAGAGACAGGGUCAGUCCGGACAGAGGCUCCUCUAGAUCGAGAAUCCGUUUCACGUUACUGGCUGACCAUCUAUGCUACAGACUUGGGUUCCGUUCCUCUGUUCUCUGUAGCUCAAGUCUACAUUGAAGUUACAGACGUCAAUGAUAAUAUUCCCCAGUUUUCCAAAGCUGUGUUUUAUGCCUUGGUGCCUGAAAACUCUCCACCCAAUGUUUCCAUCCUUCACCUGGAUGCCACAGACGCUGACUCCGUUUCAGCUGGCAAACUUUCCUACCAAUUCUCUAGUGGGAACAGUCAAGGCUUGUUUGCAUUGAACCCAAAUACAGGUUUGAUCUCUACUACCGAGAAGCAGCUAGACCGGGAAAAUAGAGAAGAACACAUUCUUGAGGUCACCGUGUCGGAUAAUGGGGUGCCUCCUCUGCAAUCCAUUUCUCGGGUUGUCAUACAGGUCCUCGAUGUGAAUGACAACACACCAACCUUCUCCCAGAAGCUUUUCAGCGUAAAACUUCCAGAACAUGCCGCUUCCCCAGAACCUGCUCCUAUCUACAGGCUCAUAGCUAUGGAUCGGGACAAACUCGUUAAUGGCCAAGUCACAUACAGUAUUGUCGAACAAUCUGGUGACAAAUUUACCAUUGACUUUGCCACUGGUGUGAUCUCUUCCACCUCCAUGUUUGCAGCUGGAGAGUAUGAAAUAUUGACAAUAAAAGCAGCAGAUGGGGGCAUCCCCUCCCGAUCUUCCUCCGUGAGACUGCACAUCCAUUGGAUCCCACUUCCUAAACCUUCAGAUGAGUCCCUAGCAUUUGAUGAACCUCAGUUUACUUUCCAAGUUAUGGAGACAGAUCCUGUGAACCACAUGCUGGGACUGAUCAGCACAGAACCCAUGUACAGCUGGUGUUGGUUUGACAUCAUAGGAGGCAAUGAUGACCUGGAUUUUGACAUCGACAAGAGCACUAGUGGUUUAGUCAUUGCCCGACCCUUACAGGCCAGUAGGAAAUCAUCUUAUACCCUCACUGUCCAGGUUACAGAUGGAUCCCACACAAUCAGUACCCAGGUUUACAUCUCCGUUGUGCCAGUUAAUCACCACCGUCCAGAGUUUCUGCAAGAUCACUACACCGCUAAGGUUCCAGAGGACAUACAGCUGGGAGCUGAGGUGCUAAGAGUUAGCGCUACAGAUAAAGACAGUGGGAACAGACUCAUUUAUACCAUACAAAGCAGCGCAGACCCGAGGAGCACCAAAAUGUUCAGGCUGGAUCCAAACACUGGCGUAUUGUUUUCUACAGAGAGUAUGGACUACGAGUCAAUGACAAUUCACAUUUUAACUGUCAUGGUGCGAGAUCAGGAAGUUCAAAUUAAGCGGAAUUUUGUACGGGUCACCAUCCAGGUUCAGGACAGUAAUGACCACUCUCCGCACUUCAUUCACUCUGUGUAUGAUGCAUUGGUUCCUGACUCAGCAGCCGCUAACACUGAGGUGCUGGAAGUACGAGCUACCGAUAAGGACCAAGGACCCAAUGCAGUGAUACAGUACUUCAUUCAGUCAGGUAACAUUGAGGGAUAUUUUAGCAUUGAUGCAUCUUCAGGUCUGAUCACUGUUGCAAAAACACUGGAGCAGCCUAUGAAGAGCCAGUUUACGUUGACAGUCAUUGCAGUAGAUGACGGAACACCACAACUUCAAGACAUAGCCACAGUAAACCUGCAAGUCAAACCCUCUGACACAUCACCACCAAAAUUCAUGGCCAAAGAAUAUGUGGUUGAGAUUAGUGAAUCAGUGCCAAUUGGCUCUUUUGUAACCAUGGUAUCCACAACCAGCUGGUCUUCCAUCAAUUACGACAUUAAAGAAGGAAACAAGGGGGGUUCAUUUUACAUUAACUGCUAUUCGGGCAUUAUUACCACUCAAAAAAAUCUUGAUUUUGAAACUCUCUCUUCUUACCAACUCAAAGUACGGGGUAAUAGCUCCCUUGGAUACUACAGUGAAACAAUUGUGUUUAUCUACGUAAUUGAUGAGAAUGACAAUGUUCCUAUCUUCUCACAAACCACAUAUCUGGGUCAAAUUCGUGAAGAUGCUCCAAUAGGAAGCAUGGUGACCAAUCUUGACCUUACGACACUUAUCGUUCAAGCUACCGACAAUGACACAGAGGUGAAUGCAUUGUUGAGUUUCCAAAUUCUAGAUCUAGAGGUUCUGAAAUACUUCAAAAUCAAUCCAAGUAUGGGAACAUUGUUUACGGUGGCGGAACUUGAUUUUGAGCUAACCACAUUGUUCUCUUUCUAUGUACAUGUGCGUGACUCCGGAACACCAAGUUUAUUUGCCUCUCAGCCAUCAAAGGUUACCAUUCAAGUAACUGAUGUCAAUGAUUCCCCACCAAAAUUCUUAAAGGACAUUUAUGAACAUAAUAUUUACUUGCCUGCCUAUAAUAAUAUGCAUGUCCUCUCUGUGGCAGCUGAAGAUGUGGAUUCAGAAGUGAUGUACAGCAUCUCAGAAGGCAAUAUGGACAAUGCUUUCUUAAUUGACCCAAGAGUUGGCCUUAUUAUUUUAAAUGAUUCUUCCCUUUUGCAUUCAUACCGUGAACUCUCAGUGAAAGCUUGGGAUGGGAUGUACUAUGAUACUGCUUUAGUAAAAAUCAAUGUAACAGAAAUGGAAAAGACUAGCUUAAAAUUUGACCGCCCAUUGUAUAAAGUGAAUGUAACUGAGAACAAUCCGCAUAUCAUAGAUUUAAAUAUGGUGGAUGUGGUAGGAAAUCAACUUAAUGAGCCAGUUUAUUUCUCAGUUCUUACAUGGACAGAACAAUUCCAGAUAAGCGCAUCUUCAGGGAUCCUUCAGACUAAAGGCUUAGCAUUUGACAGGGAGAUCCAAGACAAAUAUGAUGUAAUAGUUGAGGCAAGAGACAUUAGAAAUCCAUCUCGGAUUUCUCAGAGUAAAGUUGAGGUGUAUGUGCAAGAUGUCAAUGAUAAUCCACCAGUCUUCUUAAAUACUCCAUAUUACAUUGCUGUGGAGGAUGGCUUAGAACCUGGAGAUGUUAUAUUCCAGGUGUCUGCCAUGGAUAAAGACAUUGGAAAAAACAGUGCCCUGACAUACCAAUUGGAAGAAGGCUCUAAGUAUUUUCGAAUUGACCCCUCUUUGGGAGACAUUAUUCUUAAACAACCUUUUGAUUAUGAAUCCCUAAAUCAGUAUAUUCUCAGAGUGAUUGUCAGAGACCAUGGUCAGCCAUCUUUGAAAUCUGAAGAAGAAGUAGUCAUUAUAGUUAGAAACAAAUCAAGUCCAAUUUUCCAAACCCUGUAUUACACAGUGACUGUGCAAGAGAAUGUACCAAUUUACACUCCCAUUUUACACAUCCAAGCCAGGAGCCCAGAAGGCUUCCGUGUGGUUUACAAUAUUGUUGAAAAUGACGCUCUAAGUUUUUUUAGCAUCGACUUUAAAACGGGUUCUCUUAGUGUUUCUGGGCACCUAGAUUAUGAGACCAAAAGAUCUCACCUUAUAACUGUAAGAGCCACUGACUCUGCCCUUGGUUACUUUUCAGAAGCCAAGGUCUUAAUUAAUGUGGAGGACAUCAAUGAUCACCCACCUGUUUUUUCUCAAAUGGUCUACACUGGUCAUGUCAUGGAGAAACAACCCCCUUAUCUACCAGUGAUUCAACUGCACACUUCUGAUCAAGAUUCAGGGAAAAACCAAGAGGUUUCAUACCACAUCCUAGGUAACAGCACAGAUGAAUCACAUGUAUUCUUCCAUAUAAACUAUAAAACUGGUGAAAUCUCAACUGCUCAAGAGUUGGAUUUUGAAAGUACCCGUCAAUUUCAUUUCAAAGUGAGGGCCACAGAUAAUGGCUUGCCUCCUUUGCACACAGAUGCAGUUGUUAUCAUUAACGUUUCUGAUGUGAACGACAACCCUCCAAAAUUCAGGCAAGCACAAUAUGAAGCCAAUGUAAGUGAAUUGGCCAACUGUGGACACAUUGUUCUAAAGCUCCAAGCUACUGACCUGGAUAGCAUAGAUGCUGGAAAGCUGGAGUAUCUGAUUCUUUCCGGCAAUAGUCACCGCCUCUUCACCAUAAACAGAACAUCUGGAGUUAUUAACCUAUCUAACCUUUGCAGGAACAGUUUAGAUUUGUCUUACCACCUACAGGUCUCAGCUUCUGAUGGCAUCUACAGAGAUAUUGUGCCAGUAUACAUUAAUGUCACAUAUGCAAAUAAGCACACCCCAUCCUUCCUACAGGAUAUUUAUGAGGUGGAACUUGCUGAAAAUGCAGAGAUAGGGACAACAGUGAUUGAAGUGGUGGCAUCUGACCCCGAUGACGGCCCUUAUGGAGUUGUAAAUUACACUAUAAUUAAUAAGUUGGCUUUAGAUAUGUUUUAUGUAGAUGACAAGGGACAUAUAGCAACUUUACGUAAAUUAGACCGGGAGAAUGCAACAGAAAGACUUAUGGCCAUCAAAGUCAUGGCCACAGAUGGAGGCGGGAGGGCAGCCUUUUGCACCGUAAAAAUAAUCCUCACUGACGAGAAUGAUAACCCUCCACUAUUUAUAGCUACUGAGUACAUCUUAUCUGUCCAGUCUAAUUUGAGCAAAGGUGCCCCUAUUAUCCAGGUGGUGGCCUAUGAUGCUGAUGAAGGGCUAAAUGCAGAUGUCAUUUAUUCUAUUGAGAAAUAUGAUGAGGAUUUGGUUCAGAUCAAUCCAUACAAUGGUCAAAUCAUAGCUAAAAAAAGCUUCUCAGGUUUCGAAAAUAAGGACAUAAAUUUCACAGUUACAGCAAAGGACAGGGCACCUCCUAACUGGAGCUCCCUUGUUCCCGUUCAUCUUCAUAUUGUACCAACAGAGGUCACUUUGCCCAAAUUUUCAGAGCCACUGUAUAGUUUUUCGGCAUCUGAAGAUCUGCCCACCGGCUCGGAAGUGGGUUUAGUGAAAGCGACAGCUAUGGAACCAAUUAUUUACAGCCUGGUAGAAGGCACAACUCCAGAAAGCAACAAAGAUGGAGUCUUUAGUCUAAAUAAGCAUACAGGAGCAUUAACUGUGAAAAAGGGGGUAGACCAUGAAAAAACCAAAUGGUAUCUAAUCGAUGUUCAGGCUAAUUGUCCUCACUUAGGGAAAGAGCUGGUCUCCAUGGUUUCAGUAAGCAUCCAAGUAAAAGAUAUCAAUGACAAUCAACCUGUUUUUGAAGCAGAUCUUUAUAGAUCUUCGAUAACGGAGAAUAUGCCUGCUGGAACAACGGUCAUACAAGUUACUGCCAAUGACCAGGACACAGGCAAUGAUGGAAUAGUAUCUUAUAGCCUUAAAGGAGAUAAUAGUGAGAUCCACAUGUUCUUCACCAUCGACCCUGACAAUGGUUGGAUCACGACACUGAAGGAGCUUGACUGUGAGAAGCAAGAGGUCUAUCGUUUCUUUGUGGUGGCAUCAGACCAGGGCAAGAAAAUCCGUCUUUCUUCAGAAGCACUCGUAGAAGUAUCAGUCACUGAUGAUAAUGAUAACCCUCCAAGGUUUACCUCUCAAGUUUACAGAGGUUCUGUGGCAGAGAACAGCCAACCGGGACAGCUCAUAACUACCCUGAAGACACGAGACAAUGAUAUGUCUGAAAACAACAGGAAAGUCACUUGUUACAUAACAGAUGGAGACCCCUUUGGCCUAUUCAACAUUAACGAGGUUAGAGAUCAGUGGGUGAUUUCCUCUAAAAAAUCAUUGGACAGGGAAGAGAUGGAGAAACACCUUCUAAAGGUGACAGCAUCUGAUGGGAAAUUCCAGGUGACCACUGAGGUGGAAAUUACCGUGCUGGACAUCAAUGACAACAGUCCUGUGUGCCAGCAGAUGCUUUACACAGCAACGGUUGCCGAGGAUGCCCCUGUUGGCCUCUUCAUCCUCAAGAUGUCAGCCAAGGACCCUGACAUUGGGAAUAAUGCACAGAUCUCAUAUGCACUUUAUGGAGUAGGUGAUGAACAAUUCCGUCUGGAUCCAUAUACUGGUGAACUCACAGCAUUGGCAUCGUUGGACAGAGAGCAGAAGGCAUCUUACCACCUGGUAGCAAAGGCCACAGAUGGAGGGGGAUUGUCCUGCCAAGCGGACAUUGCCUUGUACUUGGAAGAUGUUAAUGAUAAUGGCCCUGUAUUUUCCAUGGAUCAGUACUCUGUGACCGUAUUUGAUAAUACUACUGUGAAGACCCCUGUUGUGGUGGUCUUUGCCAGAGACCCUGAUGAAGGUUUGAAUGCUGAAGUCCUGUAUUCCCUCUCGGACUCAGCCAAUGGACUUUUCGCAGUUGAGGGAAACACUGGAGUAGUUCAUCUGGACAAACCUCUAGAAGAUAUGGAAGAUUCAAUUAUUGAGCUUACCGUCUGUGCAACAGAUCGUGGCUUACCUCGUCCACUUUCUACAUGUGCACCCAUCACAGUAUCAGUAGUGUCUCUAAAUUACUACCGCUCAGUAUUUGGGCACUCUGAAAAAAAUAUAUUGGUGCCAGAAGACCAAGCAGUAGGGUCUGAGCUCUUGAAUCUAUUGGAGAUGACGCAAGACAUUGAGGACAAUAUGAAAAUCAAAUAUGAAAUCUUGAAUGGGAAUGAAAAUAGGAUAUUUCGUCUACACGACACAGGUAUAUUAUAUUUGAAUGGGAAUCUGGACUUUGAAUCACAGAAUCAGUAUUACCUCUCAAUAGAAGGCACAAGAGGCGGCUUUCCUCCCCUGAGUGAUGUCACUGUUGUUGUCAUUAAUGUCACCGAUGUAAAUGACCACUGGCCCAUCUUCAGCCAGGAGGAGUACGAGGAAGAAAUCAGAGAGGACGCAGUGGUGGGAGACCUGGUUUUACUGGUUUCUGCUGUUGAUCUAGAUGGACCAAAAAACAGCAAGGUUACUUUUCGAAUAGUGGGCGGUGACCCUCUUGGUCACUUCUCAAUACACCCUGAGCGAGGAGACUUGAGAGUUCUGAGUCGACUGGACAGAGAGAAGAAAUCUACACACUCCCUUGUGGUUCGUGCCACAGACAGUGGUGUCCCGGCUCUUUUUAGUGAGGUGACCGUCCACGUACAGAUACUGGAUGUGAAUGACAACCCUCCCAUGUUUCUACAGACCAACUACAGUCUUGUGUUACUGGAUGGUUCUCCUGCUGGAACUAGUGUGAUGACCCUUAUUGUGACAGACAAGGAUUCUUCCAGACAUGGGCCACCCUUUAAUUUCCGAAUUUUACAAGGAAACGACGACAGCAUGUUUCAGAUCGGCCAAGAUGAUCUCCUGUCUACCACAUCUGUCCUCAGCAGAGGUUUGAAAGAGAAGUAUCUCUUAAAGAUCCAGGUAACUGACAGUGGCACCCCGCACCUUUCCUCUGCCACUUUUGUCAGUAUCCAGGUCAUUGACCAAAGCCGACACUCUCCAACUGUCCUGCCGCUGGAAAUCUUCAUCACCACCAGUGAAAUGUCUUUCCAUGGCAGUGUGUUGGGAAAGCUCCAUGCCACAGAUCAGGAUCCUCAUGAUACAUUAAUGUACAAGUUGGCUGAAGAGGAGUUGAGAAAGGGUGUCUUUUCUGUUGGUAUUUCAGAUGGCAAUGUUAUAGCACUUCAGAGCCUUCACCAGGGCUAUUACACUUUCAAUGUCACAGUCAGCGAUGGUACGUUCUAUGCCACAGCCCCCGUACACAUUAAAGUAUGGUGUUUUAAUGAAGAGGCUCUUCAACAAUCCUUGGUUCUGCGUUUUAAUACCUUAUCUCCGGAGGACUUCAUUGGGGACCACUGGCGCAAUCUGCAACGGUUUCUCGGGAACUUACUUGCAACGGACCGACAACAGAUUCAGUUGGCCAGUCUUCAAAAGGACGAGCAUUCACCAUCUCUGGACCUUGUUAUGGUGGCCAGGACAGGCCCCAGCUCAUUCAGAAAUCCUCAGCUCAUAGCUGAAAAACUCAAUGCAUCAAGACAUGAGCUAGAGCAGUCCAUGGGGUUACAAGUGGAGAAGAUAUUUCACCUGCCCUGCCAUGACCAACAAUGCAACAGUCGUACAUGCCAUGAAAUAAUACAGCUGGUCCCAUCAGUAUUGUCUUCUUACAGCACUGCCCGGCUUAGCGUUAUUACGCCACAAUACAUUCUACGUCAAGUCUGCACAUGCAACAGUACCGCAAUGAGGUUUGAUGGACAAAGUUUUUUACUGUGCAACCAAAAAGUUUCUGGAAGCUGGAGAGUUCAUCUACACCUCAAAACCCGCCAGUCCCAGUCUAUACUGGUGUCUGCCAAUGGCUCUGCCUCAUCUCUGCUAGAGCUUAAUAAUGGUUACCUGCAUUAUAAACAUAAAUGCCACGGAAUCACCAUCCAGGAGCUGUUUUUGGAGAAACUGAUAAAUGAUGGAGCUUUGCAUAAUAUUAUGCUGGAUGUGACUGGCUCCACUGUCCUGUUCCAUGUGGACGGCAUUGAAACCCAGCAGCCUCUACCACCCUGUUCUGGUCAUUCAUCUCAGCUGGUCAUCGGUGCACUUCUGCAAGAGUCCGACCAUGUGGUUCAGGGAUUCCAAGGCUGUAUGGACAGCAUCAGUAUUAACGGGCAAGCUGUGGCAAGCCUAGGCCAAGCUGUACAGCAGAAGGGUAUAACACAAUGUUGUGAACACACCCAAGCCUGUAGCCAGGAACCUUGCUCAAGUGGCACUCUCUGUGCAGAGAUGCCCAAUGGAGGGUACUCGUGUCUCUGCCAUUCUCCAUUUCUUGGUCCCAACUGUGAUUUGAGAAUGGACCAAUGUGCUGCAUCUCCUUGCCUACAUGGUAGAAUCUGUACAUCUCUGUCCAAUGGGUUCACCUGCAGCUGCCCUCCAGGAUAUCAGGGUGACAGAUGCCAAAAUGCAAUGAGCAGCUGCCAGGAUAGCUCUUGUGGGCAGACUGAUCUAUGCAUCCCUAGCAGCACAUGCAAUUGUAGUGAUGUUAACAGAGGACAGCUAUGUGCCGAGAGGGGUACACAUGGAAAUAACAAGGAAUUCCUUAUUUCUGGAGCCCAGGAGAUUGUAGAGAUCCUUGGAGGAGUCCUUGCAGUCCUAUUCUUAGUGGGGCUGUUUGUCAUCUUCAGAAAGCGCGUGUGCCAACGAGCUGGGAGCCACAAACCAGCUCCCCAGGAGGAUCCAGACCUCAAGCACUAUAUAUCCAGAGACAUAGGUGUGGGCACCCAAGGGCCACCAAUGGAACUUAAUAUUCUCAGCCCUGCAGCUCGCAAUCAGCUGGACCAUGAAGGUCAGCCACAUAGGAGCGCUGUCCCAGAGCUACUUACUUUCUGCAAACCACAGGUGGCUCGGGGCCCUGUUGUAUGCAGUGUGGCUCCCAACCUACCGCCAGCACCUCCUUCUAGCUCGGACAAUGAGUCCAUCAUCAAGAACAACUGGGAUUGUGAAGAAAACAUGUAUACAGGAGACUCAUCAUAUUGGCCACCCAGCUAUAAUCCUGCUGAGCUGCAAAGAUACCCACAGCCGAAACCUUCUUCAUCUGCACCCCCUAUCCCACCUCUCCCAAGAGGACCAGAAAAGGAGCCCUUAUUUGGAGGUUUCCCAUUCCCAUUAGAGCCCAAAAACAGGAGAGCCCCUCUCCCCCCUUGUUAUAGCAACCGAACCUUGGACGACUUUCUCCCACCGCCCACACCCUGCCAAGACCAAUACACUGCAAUCAGCUACUAUCCCUCACAGCUUAUCCAAAAAGAGGAUCUGUCCUGCCAAGACGAGGAAGGGUUCCGACUGCUUAAUGUGCGACUGAGUGUGGCACAUCCCUCCUAUUCAGACUGUUGUGUUCCACCGAUGAACAAUUCAACGUACCAGGCACCAGAUCAAGAAAGUGACUAUGGCAGCUGUGAGGAAGUGAUGUUUUAAAACCAGCCAAUAGGUUUGCUACAGUGAGUUGGUGUUGGAGGAGAUGACUGGAAUACUGGGCAAGAGAAAGGAGUGAGUUUACGUAUAGGAGUUCUAGAGAUAGAGAGCUGAUACUAUGGGCAUUUCCUUGGCAUCCAAGAGAAUAACCAGUAGGGUGGGCUCACACAGCACCGCUCCUGACUAAACCUCUAGAAAACUGUAUUGCCCAUCUUUUUUUCUGGACAACUCCAUGAGGACAAACCUCAGAUCCUCCUAGAACAUGCUGAGCAUGAUACUUCUGAAUGUCAAGUCCUGUUGUCCCCAGAUAGCUGCACGUCACACAGUAUUACCUCUGGCAGGCAAUUUGGAUUUGUGCUCUUUAAAGGUGAUGUCAGGGAAACAAAUAUCACUCUAUAGACUUUUGAAGAACCUUUUGACGCUAACCUUGGUUAUCACGAUAAAGUGUUGCUUAUUGAUUAUUUAAGACAUAAAAGAUCAGACUAGAAAGGUUGAGACAGAGAGGAUAUGUAAACUCUUGUUUUAUGUAGGUUCCUGCUGGGUUGUAUGCAAAGCUAUGGCUGACAAGCGGUGCAUGUACAACACUUGACAAUGCAGGUUUACAACCUCUUGGAACGCAGACCGCAGCAAAAGUUGUUUUAACUGUCAGCUCAGUCCCAUGCUCGGGCUGUCCAGUUAUUAGUCUGUAACAUUAGGCUACUAUGCCUCAACUGCCAAUGCAGACCAUGGAACUGACACACAAUGAGACGGCACUGAGAGACGAUUGCAUAUAUUCCCUCCAUAAAUGUUCUUCUUUGUGUUUAUAACUGUGCUUUUCAAAGCAAUAAAGUAUAAUUUUUUAUAAAUAC